CGCUUCUCAUUGACGGCCACCUAUAAUCAACUUGCUGGACAAGUUCCGCCACCACUACCUGGUCCUCCAUUCCCCGUCCCGGAUUUGGUUCCAAUCAAACGAAAUCUAAAACGUCACUCAAUUGCAAACGGUGCAGAACAUGCAGCUAUUGCCCGACAAGUUUUGAAUGGGUCAUUUAUCAGCAAACCGCAGGUGCCGGAUGUUUUCGACAAUUCUCGUUUGGAUUCAUCCGCAGAGCAAAGGACACCCGCGGCACUCAUUUGCACAACAACACCCACAACAACAACAACAACAACAACAACAACCACACCAGCACCGGGAUCUGANUACUCGAUGCCUCCUCCAAGUGCUCCCCCAACGGUCGCAGAAAGUAUCACUGGUUCGGAAUUUGAGAGUGUUUACAAUGCCAAUUGGCGGUCGGAGAACGACUCAUCAAAAUUUCGAGAAAGACUCAAAUCGGACACAUCCGGUACUCAUCAUAGCCAAGAAAGUUUGCUUACGGAGUUAGUUAAAAACCAGCCAGUUGAUGGAUCUUCACUCGUAAGUAAUAGCUUGUGCGAGCAGAAACCAGUUCCCGACACAGCACGACCCAUUCAAAAUGGUACGAUCACCAAAUCCGCGCCGUGGAUUAAACCAACUGCACGCAAAUCGGCUGUGAUCCCUCCAAAACCCACAACUCCCGAAACUCCUAGGCGAAUUUCACUGCCUACCCGAGAUGGACAUUCCUCGAAUGCGGAAGAAAAUUCGAAACAAACGAGGAAACAACGAUGGUCCGUGAUUGAGCAACCCCCAAAAAAUCGUGUUUCACAAGUUGCCAGUGCAUGGGAGGAGUAUUUUAAUCCUUUUUCCAAAGGGAAGCGGGCACGAAGUAUAGAUCAGAAAUCGCGCAGUUCAACCUCCAUGGAACAACGCAAAAGAACCUCAUUAAUUCAACUGGACCAAUCAGGCAAGGAUUCUGUUUCAAACGCAGUAUCCCACACCUCUUUGGAAAAUAUCGAUCGUACCGAUCAAACAACUCAUGUUACAAGACAUUGUAUGAAUGCCAGUAAUGUUACGUUGAACGGUAAUCACCAGAACUCUCAUUCAAACAGUACGCUAAGUGUUUCUAUCGCAUCAAGCAAUCGAGAACAAUCCUGGGCUAGUUCCGAUUCUCGCGAUACUAAAAGGUCUGGAUCGAUUAAACAAAAGCCUACCAAACGCUCCAACUCCUCUUUUGCACAAAUCCACAGCUCUGAACCCAUUUCGUCCACAUUUUCGUCUAUCAGUUCAGUUGAUGCGUUCGUUUUAUUACCUGUAAAAGAUCUCGUUGAUGCCUAUGUGCGUUGCAAUGGGCCGACUGCUGUGAAGCAUGUGGAGAACUUGAAACGUGAUAGCUCACACGCAUCGGAUAGCACAGCAAAACAAACCCAAAUGUUGACCGGGAGUCUUUCCAGUAUUUCUGACUAUGUCGCCCAAAUUAGUCAGGCUUCUAGUUCAACCAUAACAGUCAGUGAUGCGGAGACUCCGACAGAGGAUGAACCCAGUCGUCACCAACUAGUGGAACCUGUGAGUCCUCCGACUGAUCAAUCGAAAAUCAGUCACACAGUCUUGAUGACUCAGUCUACAAUGAAUGAUCAUGGUCCACGUUCUGAAAUGGAUAUCUGUCCACAGCCACGUACAUCUUCCAUACGGCCUCGAAGCGUGAGCACACCGAACUAUCCACGGCGUCCCUUGUCGGUGACCGUGACUAGACAUCGAAUACAGGCCACAACACCCAAUAGUAGUAGUAGCAGUAAAUCUAGUUCAAAUGAUUCGGUCGGGAAAGCCAGUCCACUUGUGCUGGCUAGGCACACAAUGGCACAAACAGCAACAACACAAGCACAGCCGCAACCCACACACCAACCGUCACCUGAACAGAAGAUAACAAAUGGGCACGAUACGACGGUGAUUGGUCGCUACGAUGUGCAUACAAUUGGGGCACACCAACUAAACGGCACGAUUGCAGUUACGAACCAAUCAUGUGUGAACAAAAAGGUAGUACCCUCACAGUCGCUUAACACUGAGGCAGCCCAAGACCGGAAUGAAUCAGAAAGGCGUGAUAGUUUUAGUCGGCGAAGACGAAUAACUGUUCACAGUUUUCCCCGCUGGACGGACGCACUGAGGCCAUCCACACAACCUCCGAUCGCUGUGACGACCACCACAACCACCACNUUGGGGGACACACCGAAAGUUGAGCCUCGUGCGGUCUACACAACAAGACACUUUAUUGAUCGCAAUCAAAAAGAGAAGAAAACGGUUGGAUUCAAGGUAGCUAGCACACCAGAGAAACGUGUCCGGUCAUUAUCGGCCACCGGUGUGCCUUACGGUUCCACCAAACUAUCAAACGGUGCCACUGAGCAGCAACAUUUGUCUCAGUCUAUACAAAACCAAAUGGACUUGGCCGAACACUCUCCUCCGGUGAAUGGAAUUCAACCUUUUCGUGGAAUGCGAUCUCGUGGGAUUUACAAACGGAAUGCUAGCAAUCGUUUUCAUUCGGAUCUCAAUCGAGGUGGAUUGACCAAUCAGCCUAGUUCGCAUCAUCACAUACACAGUCUUUCACAGUCCAUUCGGGCUCGACAACCGGAACCGGCCACGGAACGAACCAGUGCUCUUUCCCCCGCAGCACAACGUUACGAGCAACAUAUCCUGGCCCAACGCCAAAAUCCGACCGAGGUUCACCCAAUAUGGCGCUCAAAUAUGAAUUGGUACGGACGAGAGCGUAGCAUGCCAGACCCGGUCGAAGAACGAAUCACUCCGACAAAACGCACAGCUUUUGUUCUGUCAACACCAGCUCAAAAUAAUUUGACUCAACAUUUUGAGCCCCGCGAUCCGCUGUUCGACCCGCAACAAUACAAACCACAAUCCACUUCCCGAACAGCGGAGCUGCUGCAACAACCGAACGAACAACAACAACAACAAAAUCAGCAAGAGGAACAAGAAGAAAAGCACGUAGACCCCUCGCAGACUCAUGAAGUGAAUGAAGAACUUAUAGAUCCGGAGGUGUGGCGGGAUAAGCUCGGGUUGAUUACACGAUGGCAACAUGAAGUGAACACUGCGAUGCAAGCCGGGGAGACCGAUGUGGAUGUUCUAUUGCGUUCACCCCCAGUCUCCCCUUCAAUCCAACAAAAUUACAGUUGGCCACAAUUGUUUCAAGAUUCCACGGCCGAGUUCGAUCGCGUCAUUGAAACGACUCGAGAAGAACCGAUUUAUCGUCAACAUGCUAUUGUUCGUAGUGGUGAUGGUGGUGGUGGUGCCGUUGGAGGAGCAGGUGGGGCCUCCGGAGGAUUCUCUUAUCAACCACAUGAGCUAAUGCCCAGUUGCCAAGUGACCAUUCAUAAGACUCCACCCAUAGCUCACCGUCAUGUGGCACCUCCUGUCAACAGUCGUCCGUUGCAAAUGGAUUAUGAUAAUGCUCCGGUUACCGAAUCACCCAUAUUGAACGGUCAUGCGCGAGUUACGGAGACCAGCAUACCCACACCAAUUGUUUCGACCUUUAAAGUGGAAAGAAAUCUACCCGUUGGAAGCGAGACCAAACCCAGUUUGGAGACCAAAGGUCCUUUCGAUGUUAAUCAGGCCGUAUCCAUUCGCUGUGCCCUGCCCACGGACCGCGGCGAUGUGUCACGUGGCCUACAAGCAACCACAAGACCACUGGAAACCUCAGUGCAUCGACCGAUGCAAAAUGAAGUGACUACCACUAGUGACAAAACACAUAUGACAACGGUCACUUCAACGUCUGUCACCCAAGUGAAGCCACUCACAUUGGAUCAAGUUUUAGACGGACCUGUGGGAUCACCAAGUCCACGCCGUGCAUUGCCUGCAGUCGCUCCGCUCCCCCCACUGGCCCAAGUUCGUCCCAACACCAGAACAUCAGCAAAUACCACAGGACCAACGGCAGACCCCGAGCGAGUUGAAUCCCCAAUCAUCCCAAUUAGGAGAGCUCCGGUAAAGCAAACCACAUUCUCCGGCCCACAUGUGUCUUUUGAUUGCAGACCGACGGGGGUGAUUAAUCCAAUGGUCGGUAAGUGUAACUGGACUGGUCUGGACUAA